UUGGAGGUUAGCGCCUACUUUCCUAAUGGCAAGCUGCGCCUCUCCGUAGCUUGGCCAGUUUAACACACUUUGUCACCUCAAAAGGUAGGUCAAACUAGAAGAUUGGAUAAAUAAUGUUUAGCGUAGCGUGCUAUCGUUGUAUUUUUUAGCCAUGUAGCUGUGACAGCGCGCUUCAGGCCACAUUUAACAAAUACUGAGUGUAUGUUUUGGACUACACUUUCUACCAAAACAAUGUUGACAGACGUCCUGUGCAGACAUAUCAACAACCAGUCAUUUGAAGGAUGGACAAAGGAGGAGUAAAGAAGUUGGUCUACAGAAGAGAUGACCAUUUGAGUAAACUGGUCUACACAGAGAGCUCCGAGGAGAGAGGCCUGUUGAGAGUGGUUCCUCCCAGUGCCAUGUCCAUCGCCUCUGCCACCUCUAUAGUACUUCCUCCAAGCCCCUUAAUGCAGCCAGGACAGGUCCCAAACGGCUUCAACAACAGCCCCCUUUCAGAAAGCCUUUCCUCUUCUUCAGUCAUUGCUUCAGUAGGCUCAGGUGACCAAGAGCCCAGAGGCCUAACCAAAGAUCAGAAAAAUCUGUUAGGAUCCAGAGUCCAGGACAGUGCCCAGUCCUCCAUGGAUUCCCUCAUAGGAGGGUCAGAUCCAAACUUUUUCCCCCUGAAAACGGACUUCUCUAUGGAUAAAGGAGAACCAGAUCCCAUUGACCUUGACCAUGAUUUUGACCAUAUCAGCAAAGAUAUGGAUGUGAACCAGAAGUUGUUCUGUGAUAACACUCUGGAUCUCCUUCAGGACUUUGAGCUCACUGGGUCCCCGUCAGAUUUUUAUGUUGGUGAUGAUGCUUUCCUCUCAACUUUGGGGGAAGACUCUUUGCUUGGAGAUGUCAGCUCUGACAGAGACACUAAGCCGACCCUUGUUGAGAGCAGCAAUAACUGUGGCACAGUUACUCUUAAUGGCAGUAACAUCACUAGUCCCAGUCAGACGAGUGCUAGCACAUCCACACCUUCCCCUCUAACACCUUCAUCCAGUUUGUCUAUUUCAGUGAAGAAAGAGAAAGACUGUGGGCUCAUUCAGCUGAGCACCCCUGGGGUGAUAAAGCAGGAGAAGACAUCUUUAGGCCAGAAUUAUUGCCAAAUUAGUGGCACAUCUUCCACCAAUCUGCCCAGGUCUAACCCUAUUUCCAUCUGUGGUGUGAGCACGUCAGGAGGACAGAGCUUUCAUUUUGGAGUGAGCAAUGAAACGCAGCAGCAAAAAGAUCAAAAGCCUGUGACUACACUGUACCUCCCAGUGACAACAGUCAGCGGUUCUUGGAACAGGGUCCAGGGAAAUGGCGACACUUCGGGCAUCCACAGAGGAAAUGAGAGUUUCUCCAGCGCUUCUCUGACUUUUACCAGUUCUUCCACUCGUAAGGAGAGCAGCAGCGCUCCGACCUCGGCACAAGGCAAAAACAAUGCUCAUAAAGUCUGCCUGGUGUGUUCUGAUGAAGCAUCAGGCUGUCACUAUGGCGUUCUCACCUGCGGCAGCUGCAAGGUCUUUUUUAAGAGGGCGGUUGAAGGGCAACAUAAUUACCUAUGUGCUGGCAGAAAUGACUGCAUCAUUGACAAAAUCAGGAGGAAGAACUGCCCCGCUUGCCGUUUUCGCAAGUGUCUUAUGGCUGGCAUGAACCUGGAAGCUCGUAAAAUCAAGAAGAACCGUUUAAAAGGUGUGCAGCAGAGCAACGUGUCCGAAGCGAUUCAGCCUUCUCCACCUGUUGAGCCCCGCCCCCUUGUGCCCAAAUGUAUGCCCCAGCUUGUGCCCACCAUGCUGUCCCUGUUGAAAGCUAUCGAGCCUGAGACCAUAUACGCGGGCUAUGACAGCACACUGCCUGACACGUCCACUCGCCUAAUGACCACAUUGAACAGACUGGGGGGCAGACAGGUCAUCUCAGCUGUCAAGUGGGCCAAGUCCCUGCCAGGAUUCAGGAACUUGCAUCUUGAUGAUCAAAUGACCCUACUGCAGUGCUCCUGGCUCUUUCUCAUGUCCUUUGGUUUGGGAUGGAGGUCCUAUCAGCAGUGUAAUGGCGACAUGCUCUGCUUUGCUCCAGAUCUUGUCAUUAAUGAGGACAGAAUGAAGCUGCCAUUCAUGACUGACCAGUUUGAACAGAUGCUGAAGAUUUCCAGCGAGUUUGUUCGUCUGCAGGUCUCUCAUGAUGAGUACUUGUGCAUGAAGGUCCUGCUGCUGCUCAGCACAGUGCCAAAGGACGGCCUAAAGAGCCAGGCUGUGUUUGAUGAGCUUCGGAUGUCCUACAUUAAGGAGCUGGGGAAAGCAAUAGUAAAAAGAGAGGAAAACUCCAGUCAGAACUGGCAACGCUUCUAUCAGCUCACCAAGCUUCUGGAUUCCAUGCAUGAGAUGGUUGGUGGACUCCUCAAUUUCUGCUUCUACACAUUUGUGAACAAGUCCUUGAGUGUGGAGUUCCCAGAGAUGUUGGCUGAGAUCAUCAGCAACCAGUUACCAAAAUUCAAAGCUGGGAGUGUGAAAGCGCUCCUGUUCCACCAGAGAUGACUGAGUCCUGCCCAAACACAAUGCCUUAAACAUCCCUCACCACCCACCCCACCCUAGGACAACACGAGCACUAAAGACCCCCCACCAGUCAGUUUGGUUUCCCCUGGCAUUAACGCAUCGGUCUGGAGGGGAGCAGAAGAGGUACAAAAGUUUGUGGAGAGCCACAAGAGAGCACACAGCUUUUGGCUUUGGUCUAGCAUAUGGUGCGCACCACAUAGGAACCAUUUUGUAUAAUCAGAGAAAUAGGCUAACAUCCAUGUUGUCUCAGGUUUCUUACCUUCAAACAGAUCUUAAAUAGAUAACUACUAUCUAUAGAGAAGUUCUGGUGGUGUUUUCUACAUUUUCAUAUAAUAUAAAUAUUUACAUUUAUUUCAGGUCAUUGUUACCACAAACGGUAGCGGAGCUUAAUUAAAAACAUGCUCUCUUAAUUAGGCUUUUGGACUGUAAGUUUCUCAUUAGUUUUUAGACGUUGAAAUGUUGUUUUUAGUCGUAAACAAAAUGUCUUUUUUUUUUUUUUUUUUCAGUCAAUUAAAAAUCAUGAACAUUUUUGAUACAUGCGACCCACAUGUGCUGAUUUCAAGGAUGAUUUCUCCCAUAAGCAAAACUCUUCCAAGUUUACACAUUGUAAAAAAAGGGAAAAUGAUGUGCCUUUUUUCUUCAAAUAUCAUCCUGUCCAUUUCUUCCUGCUUGUCCAAGGCAUGCUUCUCCACUUCUGCCCUCAGCAUAUAGUGAUUGUACUUCAUAUUAACAUGCAGUCGCAAUGUUUCUUUUUCAGUAGCUGUGUUUGUCUUUAGAAGUGGCAGCUCAGUCCUCCUCUGGAGAGAUGAUCUGCAUUUUUGAGUGUGAAUACUGAAAGCUGGUUUUCCUCAAAUGCAAUCUCCCGCACGCUAAAUUUUUGAGUGCGAUGUGAGCACUUUGUAUCCUCCGAAAGGCUUUAAAAGACUGCUUCCUUGUAUUAGUCUUUAAAUUUUUCUUAACUUUUUAUUAAGAAAUAGCCCACUAUAUUUUAGCUCCUCUGCUGCCCUGAUAGUUUGAGUGGAAUGUGACAAGAUACCUGCGUCAACCAAUCAGAAAACCAGGAGGAAUUUCACGUUGUUUGCAUAAAUAAUGUUAGCAUUAUUGUUAUUUAGGUUUUUUUUUUUUUUUUUUACAUUUCUCCUACCAUGCAAAGCACUGUCCCUGCUUUGUUUAUGUUGUAAACCUAAAGUUGUCAUUCUGCCAUUCUGUGACAGAAAAGGCAUGUUGUAAAUGGCUUAUUAUGGGACCUAUGCAUUUUUGUUUUGGUACAUUUGAUAUUGAAGCGUGCAUUAAACACACCAUAGAUUAAUUGCAGAGAAGUCUUGCCCAGUUGGCCAUAGCGUGAUCCCUUUUUACCACAUACAGCAAGCUGUAGCCACCUUGACCGGUCUGCCACAUGUCCUCUGUGUCGAGUAUAUUUGCACAUGUGUCCCAAUGUUAAGCACUCAGCAUUCAACCCCACCAAUAGUGAACGUCAUCCAGUGCCAAAUCCUUGUUUCAUCUUCUCAGUGAUGCUGGAAGUUAGUCAGUAUUUGUGAGUAGAACCUGAUUGUGAAGUGGUAACAAUGGCCCAGUUUAUCCAAUCCUUAAAUCUCUGAAAUCAGCUAUGGGAGUACUCGGAUGUGGUGUUGUGUGAUCACAAAGGAACUGUCUAGCUGUUGUUUUGUCAGUGAGGAUUUAAAAUGUGUUGCAAUAUUUUCACCCCGAUAACACCAGCACUUAAAUUAUUGGCCUUCGAAAAGAAAUGACAUGUUUGUGUUUAAGCACAAAAAGACAAAUGAACUGUGAAUUAAUGAACUUCUGCAGAUCAAAUAUGGCACUUGUUCAAAUUACACAAAAAUCUGUCAUAGUGAGUGGCUACAAAGUAUAAACUGGUGCUUCUAAUUGUCAAAAUUAUUGUAGAGCUGAAAUGUAGCUUUGGGAAAUGUUUAACACACAGUAACCAUGUAAUUUUAAUUUCAUUCAUGCUAAAGGUUUUAAACAUGUUUCAUAUACAACAACUGUCUGUAUGUCCGUCACUUGUUCUGUAUGAACCAAGACAUCGAGUUCGGAUUCCUCAGUGUCUGUCUCUGGUUUGUCUUUUUAUUGUCUUUAAUGGACUGUUAAUAGAUCUGAUUCUUUUCUUAUACCCUGCCCAACAUAGUUUGAGGCACUUGUCUUUAUUUCUGGUACAAAUCCAUAAUCUCUGUCGACUGCCUACGCGUCACACGUGGGUUACUUUCACAUUCAGUGUAUCCAAAAUCUCUGCUGCUGCUUUUCUGUUUACAGGUAAAUAUUUGAACUCACACACUUGCCUCCUUUCAUACAAAUAUUACCCUCAGUCUGUAUGGCAUUGAGGACUACUAUAUAUGCAAUAGAAAUAACAGUGUAUCACCUUAACAUAACAAACUAUGGCUGCUUCCUGUUUCAGUUUCACAAUAUAUAAGCUAUUUGAGAUUCACCAUAAACCCUUAUCUCUGCAGGUCAGAUUUUCAGGAAAACAGACUCAGAACCCAGACUGCACAAAAACCCAUUUGUUUUAAGUUCAACAGGUGACCAAAGCAAAGACAACUAACCCACUGUCCGUGUAAGCUAUUCUACACUCGUAUACAACUGUACAGAUCAUUUGUGUUAUUACUUUUAUAUUCUAAAGUGACAGCUUUGGUCAAUUUCUGUAAUACUGUGAAUAGGGUAGAAGUCAGUCUUUUUCACUCUAAAAACUGUUUGUGAAAGUAAUCAACCAGCUUGAAUCUAAAAAAUUGCACUACCCAAAUAUUGUUUGAAAAUCUAUUUUGUAUAAAACAUAUGCAGACAUUACCUUUUGGAAAAUUAUCAAGGGCCGAUCAUGUUUCACUGGUUUAUGCUUUCUCUAAAGCUUUGUUUAGCUUAAAGAUUUGAAUAUGUACAUAUAAUCCAUUGUAAAGAAUAUGUGGUGUACUUGUCUCCUGAUAAUAGUUUUUCUAUACCCUGUGUACUAUUUCUCCCAUAGUGUGAGCCCUGUUCCUCUUUUCCUCCACUGAUUAAAGGUCGAACUGUU